UUUUUAGUAAAUUUGGAAAAAUGUUACAAAAGCGAAAGGAAUUAAAAAACUGCAUGAAAUGCCUUGAUGAGCUCCAUAAAGAGAUCUCCAAGCGCAAGACCCAUAAAAAGUUGAUGAUGUACAUGGAGAAGCUCAAUAAACUGCAAAGUGAGGUGGAUAAACGUCAAGGUCCGCAAGACGGACGAUUUCCGAUCAGGGAAUCGCUCAAGCUGCCGCAUCCUAUUAAAUUACCCGAGUACACCAUUCGAUUCGCCGAUCUGGAUAAUUGUGGCCGGGAACUGGUUGAAGAUGCUCUAAAUGCCCGUUGUAAUGCCUACGCGCCGUAUAGUAAAUUUAAGGUUGGUGCCGCUUUUCGCACUAAAUGUGGGCGAGUCUUCACCGGAUGCAACAUUGAGAACGUUGCCUUCACUCCUGGAUGCUGCGCCGAGCGAACGGCCUUGGGAAAGGGCAUCAGCGAGGGUUUCAGAUGCUACAAUGCAGGCGCUGUGGUGGCAUUUCAUGAAUCCGGUUACAGCACACCAUGCGGCGUAUGUCGACAGUUUAUACACGAGUUCGCCAAGUCGGAUAUACCCAUCUACAUUGCCCAGGCUCCGGAGUUGAGCACGAAACUGCCAGCGUUCGAAGAUGACGAUGAGGUGUUGGUCACAUCUAUCUAUAAUCUGUUACCACAUAGCUUUUCGGUAUUUAGUGAUAAAUAAUGUGCAAUCUUUGAAUAAUUGUUUAAUAUAUGCCUCUAAUUACUAAAA